GCUUCCGUACCAGCGUCUCAAGUGCGCAUGCUCAGGAGCUACUCCUGCGUGGCUGGUGUUUUCAUUGCAGUUUUUGCUCAGAAGAGAUGAAUAUAUUUUAUAUUUUAAAGGCUUUAUAGCUCGAAGUUAAGUCAACAUGAAAACUCGGUUCACCACAGUGGAUAUCAGGGCAGUUAUUGCCGAGAUUAAUGCAAACUACGUUGGCAUGAGAGUCUACAACGUGUAUGACAUCGACAAUAAGACAUAUCUCAUCCGUUUGCAGAAGCCUGACAGCAAAGCUGUUCUCCUGAUUGAGUCCGGGAUCCGCAUUCAUUCCACAGACUUUGAAUGGCCCAAGAACAUGAUGCCGUCAGGAUUUGCAAUGAAAUGUCGAAAGCACUUGAAGACUCGCCGACUGACCUACAUAAAGCAGCUCGGGAUUGACAGGAUUGUUGACCUCCAGUUUGGCUCAGACGAGGCCGCCUACCACUUGAUUGUUGAACUGUAUGACCGGGGUAACAUCAUCCUUGCAGACCACGAAUACACGAUUUUAAACCUGCUGAGGUUUCGCAACGCAGAAGCAGAGGAUGUAAAGAUCGCCGUGAGGGAACGCUACCCAGUGGAGAGCGCCAGAUCCCCCGAACCGCUCAUCAGUCUGGAACAACUCACUGAAAUCCUGAGCAAAGCACCAAAAGGAGAGCAAGUGAAAAGAAUCCUGAAUCCUCACCUUUCUUACGGAGCCACUCUGAUAGAACACAGUUUCAUAGAAGCUGGACUGCCGGGCUCCCUUAAAGUCGACAGUCCAGAAAAUGCUGCUGAAGUUGCGCCUAAAAUCCGGGAAGCGCUGCAGAUCGCAGAAAGCUACAUGGAAAAAUCAGAGAACUUUGAAGGCAAAGGUUACGUCAUUCAGAAGAGUGAAAAGAAACCAAAUGUAGCUCCAGGGAAACCUGCAGAGGAAUUACUGACAUAUGAUGAGUUUCAUCCAUUCCUCUUCGCCCAGCAUGCAAAAAACCCUUUUUUGGAGUUGGAGUCAUUCAACAGGGCAGUGGAUGAGUUCUUUUCAAAGAUGGAGGGCCAGAAGAUUGACAUGAAGGCCUUGCAGCAGGAGAAGCAAGCUUUAAAGAAGCUGGAAAAUGUGAAGAAGGACCACGAACAAAGGCUGGAAGCUUUGCACCAAGCACAGGAGAUCGACAGAUUAAAGGGGGAGCUUGUGGAGAUCAAUCUGGCCGUGGUGGAGCGGGCGCUGCAGGUCGUCCGCAGUGCGCUGGCCAACCAGGUGGACUGGGCGGAAAUCGGCGUUAUCGUGAAGGAAGCGCAGGCUGCCGGCGACCCCGUGGCGUGCGCCAUCAAGGAGCUGAAGCUGCAGAGCAACCACAUCACCAUGCUUCUAAAGAAUCCUUACAUCGCUGAGGAGGAACAGGAAGACGAGGAGAUUAAAGACGCCGGGGAGGAGAAAGGGAAGAAAAGCAAGAAUCGGGACAAAGGUCAGAAGAAGAAGCUGCAGCGGAACAAACCCAUGUUGGUGGAUGUGGAUCUGGGCCUGUCGGCUUACGCCAACGCCAAAAAAUACUAUGACCACAAGCGCUCUGCAGAAAAGAAGCAGCAGAAAACCAUCGAAGCUGCUGAUAAGGCUAUGAAAUCUGCAGAGAAGAAAACACAGAAAACUCUGAAAGAAGUCCAAACAGUGACCACAAUUCAAAAGGCCAGGAAGGUGUAUUGGUUUGAGAAGUUCCUUUGGUUCAUCAGCUCUGAGAAUUAUCUGGUCAUCGCAGGAAGAGACCAGCAGCAGAAUGAGAUCAUUGUUAAGCGUUACCUCCGAGCAGGAGACAUCUACGUUCACGCUGAUCUGCACGGAGCAACCAGUUGUGUUAUCAAAAACCCUUCAGGGGACCCGAUUCCACCUCGCACGCUAACAGAAGCUGGCACUAUGGCUGUGUGCUACAGCGCCGCCUGGGAUGCCAAAAUCAUCACCAGUGCUUGGUGGGUCCACCAUCAUCAGGUGUCCAAGACUGCCCCCACUGGAGAGUAUCUGACCACUGGAAGCUUCAUGAUUCGAGGAAAGAAAAACUUUCUGCCGCCGUCCUACCUGAUCAUGGGCUUUGGGUUCCUUUUCAAGGUUGACGAGCAGAGCGUGUUCCGUCACCGAGGCGAACGGAAGGUGAAAAGUGUCGAAGAAGACAUGGACGAGGUCACGUCAAGAACCGCUGAGCUUCUGGAGGAAGGAGAGGAGCUGAUAGGAGACGACAGCAGCAAUGAGGAUCCGACGGAAGAAAAAGCAGGAGAGGAUCGGACGCAGGAAGUGGAAAACAAGACGAAAAGGGAUAAAUCUGAGGAACUUUCGGCAGAUGCAGGAGCGAUGGAGUCGGAGCAGAGCAACACAGAUGAACACGAAGAGGAAAGUGAAGGGUUCAACUUUCCAGAUACGGCCAUUUCCCUCUCUCAUCUGCAGCCCAGCAGGAGUUCUCAAAACUCUGGCUUCAAAACCGAACCGUCAAAUAAAGCAGCUGAGCUGGAUUCCCAAGGAAAGAAACACAUGACUGCCAAGCAGAGGAGAGAAGACAAGAAGAAGAAGCAGAAACCAGAGGGAUGCGAUGUCGAGGAGAACACCGAGACUUCUUCUGCUGGAGCGGUUUUGGAUCAGGGGCCUAAAAGUGGAGGAGGGCCCUCACAGCCUCCUCUGAAGAGAGGACAGAAGAACAAACUGAAGAAGAUCAAGGAGAAGUACAAAGACCAGGAUGAAGAGGACAGAGAACUGAUGAUGCAGCUGCUCGGGUCAGCUGGUUCCGUCAAGGAUGAGAAGGAUAAAGGGAAGAAAGCCAAGAAAGGGAAGGGAAAAGAAGAUCCCAUCAAGAAACCAGCACCUCAGAAACAGCAGCAAAAACCUCGCAGUUCUGGAUCUGCAGUGAAGAAACCAGAAGAGACGGGAGGCGUCGAGGAGUUGGAGGUGAAGGCGCCUGGAGAGGAUGGAGCGGCUGGAGAUCAAGAGGACAAGGAGGAUGAUGUAGAUCAGGACAAUCCAGGAGUAGAGGAAGCUGAAAAUCUGCUGACGUCUCUGACAGGCCAGCCUCACGUUGAAGAUGUGCUGCUCUUCGCUGUGCCCGUCUGCGCUCCGUACACGGCCCUCUCAAACUACAAGCACAAAGUCAAACUGACUCCAGGUUCUCAGAAGAAAGGCAAAGCUGCUCGAACUGCAGUUUUAAGUUUUAUGAAAGCCAAAGAUGCCUCACAGAGAGAAAAAGAUUUGCUCCGAAGUGUCAAGGAUGCAGACCUGUCCAGAAACAUGCCCGGAAAAGUGAAAGUGUCUGCUCCAAACCUGUUGGCUGCUAAGAAAAAAUAGGAGAUACUCAAAUAAAAAAAUAAAAAAAAAAUCCGUAUCUGUAAAUCAAAAUAUGGAUUCCUCACCAGAA